AUGACAAAAGAAAAUUAUGAACAAUUAAUAAGAAAUUUAGAUUGGCAGACAUUAAAUAGUGUAAGCAAUCUUUGUGAAAUUGGAAAUACUAUUGAUAAAAGACAUGAAAACGAACUUCAGUAUUGUAAAUUAGUCAACCUUAAAGCUUAUCAAACAACAGUUGGUCUUCCACAUUUAUUAUCUCAAUUUUUUUCCAGUUGUUUGAUAUCAUCUUUAGAUGAGAAUUUAGAUAUUGAGACUGCCAGUGAUAAUUUUAUUGAAGAUAUUAUUGAUAAAUCACAAAUAAUUAUAAAGUCUCUUUUAAGUGUAAUACUUUUGGAUGAUAAAACCCACCUUUGUAUUUGUUUGGAAACAAUUACAAAAGAUAUUAAUCUUAAAAACUUUCUGAUUCUUACAGCAAUAGAAACAACUACUGAUACUUCAACAUUAUCUCAAAUUACAUUAUGUACAUUUCAAAGUUUACAUUGUAUUCAAAGGUCUGAUAAUAAUGAAGUUAUUCGUCAAAAUACUAAUCAACGAAAUAGAUUUGGGAUAGCAUUUUUUACAGUAAAAACUGCUGUUAAUAUUGCAUUAGAAACCAAUAGUGAUCAUGAAUUAAUUCAAUUAUUAAAAGAUUUUAUUGAAGCAAAACAAGAAAAAAAUGUAGAUAAUAAUGACAAUGUUAAUCAUGAUAUAAUAGAAAUUAAUGAGUCUAAUCAAGAAAAUGAUAAUAUAGUUCUAUUACAAAAAAAUUUAAUUGAACAAAUUACCAGUCCUUAUGUAACUAAAGUUAGAGGGCUCCAUCAAAAAAAAAGAUUAAGAAGUGCAAUGGAAAUAUCAAAAAGGAGAGUUCUGAUGCAAGAAAUUAUUGAUAAAAGUAAUGAUCAGCCUAUAAAACAACAGCGUAAAUGCUUAUUGUAUGGUAAAUUUGGUCACUAUCAGAAAAAAUGCUCAGGGAAUAGAUAA